AUGGAUGGCUAUCCGGCGGGGAGCUUGGAUCACAAUGUUCCAUUCUUGGUCGUGUCCGGGUUGAGCUCGGCCGAGCCACGACCUCCGCCUGAGCAUCUGGAUCCGCAGAGCGUCUUGGUCAGCUCGAGCUUGCCGCCUCUCGACACCAAGGAGUCGCGGGUCCUCGAGCAGCAUUUCGAGCACGUCGACGCCAGGGGCACGUCCUGGACGGCUGUCUCGCGAGAAGAACCCUACCGACUGCGCGUCCGGUCGGUUGGGCGGUCCUACCGUCUGCCGCCUCGAAAAGCAACUCUUCCCCAGCCCGCCGAGUCUCCAGGCCCCGCGGCCGUGCUCCAUUCCCCCCUGUCGCCGUUGUCGCACGUGUCCGCUCUGUACCCGGACGGGCUCAUCGAUGCGCAGUGGAUAGAGAAGCAUCAAGCCCAGGUCCCAAGCAUCUUUGCUUGCUUCUACCUCCUGGACGACGACCACAAGCUCAAGUCCGACGUGGUCGAGAUCAAGGCCGCACUGGCUCGGUCCGGAUACAAGACCCGACUUGCCGUCAUUCUCCUUGGCGACGAGCACCGCGGCACUCCACAGCUCACCGAGGAUGUCCAGGACCGGCUGGAAGGCAUUCGCAGAGGCGCGGCGCUGGAUCCAAAGUCGCUGUUCUUCAUACCGGCGCAAAAGUCCCCCGCCGAGCUCAAGCGCGUGGCCGACAACAUACUCUCCGUGCUCUACGCCAACGCCGUGGAGUACUACAGGGAUCUGGGCCGGCAUGCGAGGAAGAAGCGCGGGCGCGGCAUCGCCCCCCGGCCGACGAUCCCGCCGACGUCUGGGACAUCGCACACGCUGUCGCUGCCGGAUUGGAACUUUCGCUACGACUUCAAAGCCGGCGUGCUGGCGGAGUUCAGACAGGAGCCGGACGCGUCCAUCAGGGCGUUUGAGCAGGCCUACGAGAUCCUCCUGGGGCAGGACGUCCUGGACGUGAUUCCCAGCUGGAGCCCCAGGUGGAACGAAGCUCGGCAACUGGCCGACGUGAUAUCCGUCCGCUGUCUACGGCUGCAUCUCUGGAUGGGCCACACAAGCCUGGCCGUCCGACGAUGGCAAGCUCACCGGGACCGGAUAGGGGAUUUCGUCGACCGUAGGGGCCACGGAACAAACACCUACGGCUGGCAAGCAUGGGAAGCGAGGUGGGCCACCGUCAUGGCCAACCUGAUGGAGAAGGUGGAAGUGCCGGGACUGGUGCCCGCCUCAACGGCCAUCUUCCUGCCCCCCGAGAAGGCUGUCCUGGGAGAGCGCCUGCAGCCGUGGGAGCUGCUGCACCACACCGGCUACUGGUACCGCGUGGCGUCCCGGCACCUCGCCGCCCGGCGCGCAUUAGCCCGCGUGCUGCCAGACGACGAGCGCCGAGCCCCCGAGGCGGCCGCACCAGCCAAGGCUACGGGCAGCAGCCACGACACGUACAUGUGUCCACCGCCCCACGAGGAAUUCCCCCUGGCCGGCGACGGCGGCACCAACCACGCGCGGCAGAUUAUAGACUGUCUUGUCGCCGCGAGGGCGCAGUUUCAGGCGAGGAAGCAGCUGCGCAUCGCGGCUGAGCUGUCACUAGAGUGCGCGAGGGAGAUGGCCUCCCUGGGCUCGUGGGAGGAGGUCGUGGCGGUGCUGAGGCCCGUAUGGGAUGACGGCUUGUUUCGCUCGGAUGCUUGGAUGGAUGCAGCGGAAGAUCUCUGCUGGUUGCUGCGCCGUGCAGCAAAGGAAAUGGGCAGGGCAAGUCUCGUCGUUGCGAUUGACUGGGAGCUGAUGAACAAAAGAUUCCCAAAACGGCAACACUGGCGAUACGACUUGUCACAGUCAUUACACGGAAUGCACUUGCAAGAGAAGCCUACCAUCCAAUUGGCGGCAGAAGCGGCAUCGCCUCUCGUCUCCUCUAGCUUCAUGUUUCGAAACAAAGAAGGCAAAGCUGGCGAGUUUUGCAGAGCUCAGUUUACGCUGACUUCAAACGCCAUCCUGGACUCUGCUCCGAUUCACAUUUCAUCCGCACGCAUAGAAUUCGUGGGCAGCUUGAACCCGAUAGUCAUUGAGAACGCGCAGGACGAAGCAGGUGUCGAUGAGGGUGAUUUCACCAUCACCCAAGUGCCGCUGAGAGAAGAACUCUCCGAAACGGAUGCUCACGAGCUGCCGUCGAAACUCGUGGGAAGGUUCGACUUGACCCUGCGACCCGGUCAAAUGAAAGUGCUGGAAAUGAGAAUUCCGCUGCGGGAAUCCGGACAAGCCGUGGCAUCAUCGGCUGUUCUUGCGUACCGCGCAAAAGACUUUGACUUGCAGUAUGCUCAAUCAUUCAGCGAGGCGACCGACUCCGCCACAGGUUGGUACGAGAGCGGUUCAAGCAAUCCGCAUCGGUUGCGAACCGACGCUCGGGUUCUAGUCGUCAAGCCUAGACCACCAAAGAUGCAAAUCUCGUUGCUGGAGCCGUCAACACAAUAUUACACAGACGAGCUCGUCGAGCUGCACGUGCGGUUGCGAAACGACGAGGAUGAGGCGGCCAGCGUCAAGUUCGACGCGCAACUGUCUGGAAAGUCGGCGCCGGCGAUCCGCCUUCAGCUUGGCGACCACCAGGACGUUGGCGGAACGGGAACGCCAGGCGGAGAAGAAAGCCAAGUAGUGGGCGUGGCGGUUGGCGACAUGGCUUGCGGUGCAACUGCGGAUCUGAGGCUGGUCGUGGACCCAGCCAGGGCGCCCACGACGUAUGGCCUGCACCUGCGGGCGACGUAUCACCUGGAAUCGGACAAGGGCACGCCAAUCGCACAGCUGCUGGCCCUGCAGGUACCCAUUGUAGGGCCGUUCGAGGCCAACUACGACAUGGUGCCCAGGAUGCACCCGGACCCGUGGCCGAGCCUGUUCGACCACGAGGCGCUCGACGCGUCGGCGGCCAGCAGCGACGAGGCAGCGCAGCAAGCUCGCGGCUUGUCCCAACGGUGGUGCCUGGUGUGCCACUACGCUUCGUUUGCCCUCGAAGACUUGGUGAUUUCAGACCUGGAAAUGCGGGCGGUGUCGUGCGCGGGAGGCGCCCGAUGCAGCAUCACCAGGCAGGUCAAGGCCGAGGCCGAGGCCGCCGCCACCGACGACGACGACGACGACGACGACGACGACGACGACGACAGCGGCGGCGUCGUAGUUUCCCCCAGGAUGAUGCGCGAAGCGCACUUUGACGUGGUGGCGCAAAAGCUGAGCCUCGACAACCGGCAGCCCGUCACGCUGGACCUGGCGCUCACGAUUCGGUGGAGGAGGAGGAGGAGGAGCGCCGGACGGCGCGGCCCCGUGAACAGCACCGCGCUGCCGGUAGGGCAGUACACGGUGCUGGGGACGGAGCCGCGAGCCCUCGCCACGGCCAUGCACUCGGACCCGGCGUCGCCGACGAGGCUGCUACACCUGGCCGUGACGGUCGAGAACCCGUCGAGCCACUUGCUCACGUUUGGGCUCUCGAUGGACUCGAGCGACGCGUUCGGCUUCUCGGGCGCCAAGCAGACGACGGUGCAUCUGCUGCCCAUGUCGCGGCGGACCGUGACGUACAGGCUCCUGCCGUUUGUGCAGGGCGACUACGUCCGGCCGGGGCUCGUGGUCCGCGACAAGUACUUCCAAAAGGUGCUGCGAAUCAUCCCCACCGAGGGCAUGAAGAUUGACAAGGACGGUCUCUUGGUCUGGGUUCCUGCCGGCAGGACGGGUGUGGGGGGGCAGGCGGACAACAAGACGCAGUAG